AUGAGAAUUCUGUACGUCACGAUCCUCGCCGCAGUCAGUGUAUACCUCUUUGUAUCCCUCCGGUCCCUGGGCAGCACACCAACUCCUCCCAAGAUGGCGACCCCCGCCGAGUUUGUGAAGCAGACCAUCUCGGAGACACGAGUGGUGGUUUUCAGCAAGACCUUCUGCCCAUACUGCAAGAAGGCCAAGGCUGCGCUGGCCAGCGUGGGGCUGAAGGGCGACGCUCUGAAGGUGAUCGAGCUGGACACCCGGGAGGAUGGCAACGCAAUCCAGGACGCUCUCCUGGAGCUCACCGGUGGCCGCAGCGUGCCCCGCGUAUUCAUCGACGGCGACUUCUUCGGGGGUGGCGACGACACCGAUGCCGCCGCAAAGAGCGGGAAGCUGGCCGAGCUGCUCCGGUCCAAGGGCAUCCUCUGA